AUGUCUUCGUUUCAAGAUUUGACAGUAAAUGAAUCUGUGGCACCUUCAAUUCAAGUCAUGAAUCAAGAUUUGAUUCGUCUUGAUCGGUUCGAUGGACAUAACUUCUCGCGUUGGCAGGAGAAGGUUUUAUUCUUCUUGACGGCAAUCAAACUGUCCUACAUUCUGAGUUAUGAUCUUGCGCCUAUUCCAGAAGAAAAAGCAGAUGAUUCAGAUGAACGCAAGAAGGAAUUACAGGAACAGCGGAAGAAACGGAAGGAUGAUGAUUUUCUGUGCAGAGGUCAUAUUCUGAAUGCACUAUCAGAUUCUGUUUACAGCACACACACGACUAUCGGAAUAGCAAAAGAAUUGUGGCUGGCAUUGGACAACAAGUAUCGUAUUGAAGAGGCAAACAACCAGAAAUUCUUGAUCGGUAAUUACUUUGAUUUCAAGAUGACGGACAGUAAGUCUGUUCUUGCCCAGGUACGUGAAUUACAACUGAUUGUUAGUAAUCUUAAGAAUGCUGAAAUUGUCUUGCCUGAAGCAUUUCAAGUUGGAGCCAUUAUUGCAAAAUUACCAAGUUCAUGGAAUGACUAUAAAAAGAAACUCAAACAUGAUGAAACCAAGCAUACCUUGGAAUCCCUCAUGCGUCAUUUGCGUAUUGAGGAAGACUCUCGUAAAUGA